CACCCUGUGGACGCCCUAAUAAGCCACAACUUUUCUUUUAAUGAGCAGGAUUCCAAGAAACCGGAUCACCCCGUCGGGCAGCAUGAUGCUGUCCAUGACGUACAGCCCCAGCCUCCGGAGCGUAGCCAGUAAGUACCACUCCGACUGGGGGCUGCACGAGGUCCGGCAGACCGAUGUGGUGGAGCUGCAGCGGCUGCGGGAGGUCCGGGUGGCCGCUCAGGCCCGCACCCGGGAAGAGUUCCUCCGGAUGCACGGGCUGACACUGGAGGAAUGUACAGCUCAGAAGACAGGAAUGAGAUAUAGAAACCUCGGAAAGUCGGGACUGCGAGUUUCCUGCCUCGGCUUAGGAACAUGGGUGACGUUUGGAGGCCAGAUUACAGACGAGAUGGCAGAGCAGCUGAUGACCCUGGCCUACGAUAACGGCAUUAACCUCUUCGACACAGCUGAAGUCUACGCGGCUGGGAAGGCUGAAGUCGUAUUAGGGAAUAUCAUCAAGAAGAAAGGAUGGAGACGUUCCAGCCUGGUGAUAACAACCAAAAUCUUCUGGGGAGGAAAAGCCGAGACAGAGAGAGGACUUUCAAGAAAGCACAUUAUAGAAGGUUUGAAGGCUUCAUUAGAACGGCUGCAGCUUGAGUAUGUGGACGUAGUUUUUGCCAAUCGGCCAGACCCCAAUACACCUAUGGAAGAGACUGUACGAGCUAUGACCCACGUCAUCAACCAGGGAAUGGCCAUGUACUGGGGGACGUCACGCUGGAGCUCGAUGGAGAUUAUGGAAGCCUAUUCAGUGGCCCGGCAAUUUAACCUCAUCCCACCCAUCUGCGAGCAGGCCGAGUACCACAUGUUCCAGAGGGAGAAGGUGGAGGUGCAGCUGCCAGAGCUUUUCCACAAAAUUGGAGUGGGCGCCAUGACAUGGUCCCCGCUAGCGUGCGGCAUCGUCUCGGGGAAAUACGAUGGUGGGAUUCCGCCCUACUCACGAGCGUCUCUCAAAUGGCUGAAAGACAAAAUCCUGAGUGAAGAAGGGAGACGGCAGCAAGCCAAGCUGAAGGAACUGCAAGCCAUUGCAGAGCGCCUGGGCUGCACCCUGCCCCAACUUGCCAUUGCCUGGUGUUUGAGGAACGAAGGGGUCAGCUCAGUUCUGCUGGGAGCUUCCAAUGCAGACCAGCUAAUGGAGAAUAUUGGAGCAAUACAGGUUCUUCCAAAACUGUCCUCUUCCAUUAUCCACGAGAUUGACAGUAUUUUGGGCAAUAAACCCUACAGCAAAAAGGACUAUCGAUCAUAAUCGGGGAAUCCCGUCCGCCUGGACUUUUUCCUCCCAAACUCCUUGCCUCUCCCGUUUGCUUGCUUAAAGCUUUAUCGAAGCCGAGUGAAGAGCACGGCUCGCAUCCAAGAAACUACAGCAAGCCCCAAGACGGUCCAGGGAAACCGUUUUUGAAACGUCACACGAGACAACCAUAGGCUUCUUUAACAACUUUUUAUUUUAUUUUUUUUGAAUGCAAGAAACGCUGCAGGUGGGGAAAGGCCAUGAAGGGACUUAAAGUUGAGCCCAGCUUCCUUUUGAGAGGAAAAACAACUCUAAUCUUUCUCUCUCUCUUUCUUGCUUCCUUCCUUUCU